UGUAUAGAGCAUAGAUGUAUACAUUCUAUUGCAGAUAUGUUCAGACGUAUUCAAGUGCCUGUUCCUUAUACGUAUAAGACAAGGAAAAUUCCGAGUUUUUAAAUUUGUAAACGUGGCAUUUGGACUGAGAGGUGAGCAAUUUUAUUAAUGAUGGAGCAUUUACAACUUUAAUCACAUGCUUUGCAGAUUUUUGGACUUCUGUUUGAGUUAAUGAAUGCUUUAGAAACGAGAACGGAAUAUAUGUAAACCGUUUAACAUAUACUCCAAACCAAGCGACUGCAGCGCUCAUGGAAUAUUGAACACACCUUUUAUUAUUAUGACCCUAAGUAUUUUUUAAGGUGGCAAACAAUGUGACCAUGUUAUUAUUAUAUCAUAUAUAAUGUAUAACAUCAUAAACAUCUCAAACGUUAUAAACCUUAAAUCUAAAACGUUAAAUUUAUAAUAAACUUGAAUCAAAUUUAUUAUAUUAAUUUAUAAUAUAUAAAGCAAAGUAUUAUAUGUAUAUAUAUCAUAUAUUGAAAAUGUUAAAAACGUUAAGUGCGUAUUGUACACAUGUGUAAUUGCAUAGUUUGAAAGAAAAAGUUUAUUUGUGCAUGGUGUACGUUUUAUUUGAAAAAAAAAUAUAAUCCUCUGAAGUAAAUAUUUAUGCUAAUCUGUAGCUAUGGAAUUCGCUUGGGUAAGAUUCCAUAAAAGUAAAGUAGAAACUUGUUUGAAAGUUUCUGAUAUUUCAUCAAAAGUCAUGCUACCUAAUGGAGUACCACAAAUUGUUCCCUUCCGUCCAAAAGAUGAAAAGGAUUUUGUUAGUGCAAAGGGGUUUUCGCUCAAGCAAAUCCUGAAAAUCACAAAAAUGGAAAUCCGAUAUUGUCAAGAUUAGUUAUUUUGUAUUUGGGAGUUACACAGGAUGAUAUUGAUUUGAAAAGAAAAGCUGACGGUGACGGAAGGAAAAGAUUUGCUACUCCAAAAUGUAUUAACUCACAAUCCAGUUUUGAAGAUCCUUCUCAGUGCUCGCAAAACACAUCACAAAGCAAAAAAAUUAAUAAUGAAAGAGCCAAAAACGUUUUGAAGAGAAUAGAUAACUAUUUCGAAGUACCACCAUUUCGUGAUCUUGAAGAAAAUGAUGUGACAGCAAAUUCUGGUACUUCCUCAGUAAUGAAAAGUGCAGUAGUAGUUUUAGAAAAAUUGGCAUCCGAAAAUAAUAUGAUAACCGAUCAGCCAUCCUCCCCAGAAUCACCAUCGCUACUUGCAACUCGAAAGAGAAAAAUGUCAAAACCAGGCGAUGUGAAUUCAAAGCCACCACAGGUAUCUGGUUCUUAUGUCAAAGUACCACAAUCCAAAAAACCAACUAUAUCACCGUCAUCAUCUGAAUCAGAAACAGAAUCAUAUGAUUCACUGCGUCUCGACUUGUUUUCUAAAUACAAGCAACCUCAAGAAUCUUCAAAUAAUCCAGAUGGUCAGUUAUCACCAAUUCAAAGCUUUUCACCUGAAUCUCAAAAAAGUACACCACGAAGGAAUACACCAUCUCCAAACUUAUCUGAAAAUAUAUCACCUGGACACACACCACCACCUGGUCGACCUUUGUUUACGCCAUCUCCUUCACGAAGUCAGGUGAUACAACCACAAGAUGCACCAGGUGAACGGCAGCCACCAGUGCGAAAUAAGGUUAGGGAUUCCCGAGAUGCACCAGGUAAUGUACCACAGCCACAAAUACGAAAUGAAAUUGAUGGAGAACCCCAAGACGCAGCAGAUCAAGAACAGCUACCGAUUCAAAAUGAAGAUAUAAUAGAAGUUCAAGAUCCAGUAAAUAGAGAGCAGCCUCGAAAUGGACACCAGUCGUCACCUCAGAAUGAACCAAGGCCAAGGCGUAUCAAGUAUUAUAAAAUGACAGAAUAUGUCAAAAAUUGCGUGGAAUACUACGCUAAGAGAGGAGAACCUGGUAAUCGAGAAAUGCGGAGGCGAUAUAAUAUAGCAUUUGGAAAUGAGCUGUACCUUGGAGAGGGUAUAUCUGUUAAUUUACUGCAGUGGGAACUUUUGCAAAGGCAUAAGCCACAAUAUUCCUGAUAGAAUUGGCUGUGCUUAUUUGGGGAGAAAGGAAUUUAUGUAACAGAGCAUUGGACUUGACCCGAGGGGUGGAGAAUAUUCCUAACAGGUCACCAGUGAAGUUAAUUGAAUAAGAUAUAUUACGAUUGCUAAUAAGCCUCUACAAUGACUUUCUUAAUAACCACGUUAAGUAUCCAAGUGACGAGAAAGCAUCUUAUUUGCUACGGGCAACUCAUGUUUUGAGACAUAAAAUAAGAGAUCUGCGUGCUGCAGAGAAAAAUAAAUUUCAGCUACCAAAUGUCAACGCUCAAAGACGUUUAAGAUAUAACGUCAGAGAUUAAUCUUAUUUAACAGAUUUUCUUUUUUAAAAUGUCAUCUGUAUUCAGUUAAGUUUCAUAUUUUAUAGGAGCUAUUUAAAUCAAAGUAUAUUAUUUUGUUUCAAGAUCAACUAGUCGAAGAAACGCUAGUCCUAGUAGAGAUCACUACUAAAAAUCAAAAAUAUAACAUGAGUUCAGUCACAUUUCUUACUUUCUAGUAGUGAUUUCAAUUAAAAUAUAAACUUUUUGUUUCGAGGUUCACUAGUCGAAGAACCCUAGUCAAAAAUUGACGUUUUGUAAGUUUAGGAUUACAAAAAUGAAAAAAUCACAAUACUUUGAUAGGCAGUUGGAGAACUGAUUAAAAUGAUUAAAAAUUAUUUGAGCAGAGGCAUUAUUGUUAACCUAAAUGGAUUUUAGCAUUUUUAUCAUUUUAAUCGUUUCUUGUCCUUACCUGUUAUCAAAGUAUAAUCAUUAAAAGAAUUUGUGAUAAAAUAUUAUCUUUACGUUUCCUUUACGUUCUUUAUUUAUGAAUCAUAAAUUAAAAAAAAUCAGUUCCGUAUUAAUUUAAUGAUAAUUACAAUAAAAAGGUUUUGUUCUACCUAAAAUUCGAAUAUAACAAUGAAAUGUUAAUUAGUGUUACAUGUAAAAUUAAUAAAGUUACAUUUUAUAUUACAACCAGAACAUGAUUUAUUCUUAAUGUCCCUCUGUUUCAGUACAAUUUAAUUAAAUGCAUUUUUCAAUGU